AUGGCGCUAGGCGCCCGGUCAGAGGCUCUCCCGCGCUCAAGUGUUAAUUGGAGCAGUAAGAGUUCCGAUACGCACUCGAACCUCGCGCUGGUUUAUUUCUCUGUCAUAUGGCAGUCUUUCCUGGUAUCCGUGCUGGCUCUGGGACCCAUUGCCGUACUAUUCUGUGGGUGGCUGCAAAAUCGCACCUUGAGGAUUAAGGGAGACAUUUACGCGAACCCAUCUCUCCGAGCGCUGUUUAAUGCUGAGACCCAACAUCUAACCACGCAAUCCGGGAACGUCCCCGCUGACCAAGGAACAAUUGUCAAUAAAAUACGGCUUCACAACAGCUGGUUCUAUGGCAAAGACAUUGAUGGAUACUGGACGCCUCUUGCUGGGCGUUGCAUCAGACUUUUGUCAAUCCACCCCGGCAACUUCGACGACCCUAUUAAAUGUACUCUGUUGACAAGGACGCUCAACAGCAAGUCGAGAUAUGUUGCUGUGUCGUAUGCUUGGGGAGACCUGCAGACCCCCAAAGUCAUCACGGUCAACGGAGUCUACGGUUUCAUCGUCAGUGAAAACGCAUAUCACGUACUACGCCGCAUACGUGCAUUGGGAGAGCGAAGACAUGUAUGGAUUGAUGCCAUUUGCAUCAACCAAUCUGUCAACCAAGAGAGGGGCAGCCAGAUCGAGCUCAUGGAUCAGAUAUAUUCUUUUGCCAAGCAUGUCUAUAUCUAUCUUGGUCCCUGUCGGAGCAGUACGAACGCCAGGCAGGACUGCGAGAUCGAGCAGUGUCAGAAGCAUAACCACGAGUUGAUACGUACGCCGUCCGAGCUCGGUGCGGGAACUUGGCUUCACGACACAUUUCCGCAGCAAUCUCAAUGGUGGUACAGGCUUUGGACUGUACAGGAAGCUGUUCUCGCUCGAGAUAUACGGGUGCUUAUUGGUCCUCAUCUGUUCGCAUGGAAUGAUCUCACCCUACUUGCGCGAAGUGCACGAUUACCUCAUUUUGCUAACCAGUCUAUUGCGGCACUGGACGACUUAAGGUACGCAUGGAACGUGCAAGAACAUCGCAAGGGCCUAUUGCUCAGCGAAUUGAUCCAGAGAUCGACAAACCGUAAAGCAACUGAACCUCUGGACAAGAUCUACGGGCUGUUGGCCAUGGCGAGGAACCCGAUAAUGGUUGACUACUCGAUAAACAUGCAGGAGCUGAACACGAAAGUCACAAGGCAUAUAAUCGAGACGGAACGCUCACUUGAUGUGUACCUGCGUGGCAACUGGGCGAAACCAAAAGAGUUGCCCAGGUGGUCUCUCAAUUUCCACGAGCCAGACACUACCUGGGUAAGUGCUUUGGAUCUUUGCAUGGAGUUUUCUGGUAACAAGCCAUGCGCAACUUUUGACGGAGAUCUGUGGGUCAAAUUUGAAGACCAGUAUAUGAUCUGCAGGGGAUUGAAUUUCGACAAGAUCAUCAUGAGGAUCGAGUUCUUCAAGGGCAAGAACCCUACCAUUGAAGUAGGUGGAGGCUUCCAACUAGAGCCACCAGACUCCAGCACAAUAGACCUGGAACAGUUCGCGAACGAGCAGGAGCGGCUCAAUUUUCUCGCGCUUGAGAUGCAGCAUCUCACGACAGAUAUCGUCUCAAGAUCUGCUCGAAGCCACAAUGCGAUCUCGAAAAUGUUUCGAAAGCAAGACUCCACCGACUGGAAUUAUACGGAAAGGUAUAAGCUCAAAGGAUCAAAAGUUGGUAUUUUCAGUCUGGGCGGAUACAUAUCUGGAACCAAGCCCAAGGUUCGGCGGAUAGGACGAGAAAAGCAUUCAACAGAGCCAGAACCCACCUUUCAACGAUAUGCGCAGCAUUGUAUCGCAUCUCCAAAAUCGACGUUCUUCUUAACUUCCCUGGGGUUCAUCGGAGUGGCAUAUGGUGUGACGCUUCAGACAGAGCCUUCUGACUUGGUGACAGUUAUGUUCGGAGCCAGUAUGCCCCUCAUUAUGCGUGGUGGAAAGUUUGGGCGUCUAGACGAUCAUUUCAGUAUCAUUUGUGGAGCCUACGUCUCCUGCCUGAUGCAGGGCCAGCUUCUAGAAUUAUACAGAGACUACCGAUCGUUUAGAAUAAUAUGA